CACUUUGUGAUUUUAUACAGCAGCUUGUGAAUGGGACGUUUAUUUUGGUCUGAUGUCAUAAGUCUGCGCCCAGAGCCCGCGUCUAUUGUGAAUUGGCUGAAGAAAGUGUCCAAACACCCAGAAAAACUGGUGAAGCAACUGAAAUCCAUGUGACACACUAUUAUAAAGAUGGCGUUUAUUAAAGAGGAGAGUGAAGACAUGAGGAUUGAAGAAACAUUCAGUGUGAAACAUGAAGAUACUGAGGAACAAACAGAUCUGAUAAUGCUGAAAGAGGAGAGUCAAGAACUGAAUGAUGUAAAGGAAGAGAAACAUCAUGGAUUCAUAACUGGAGAAAAAUCUUUUAGUUGUUCACAGACUGAAAAAACGUCAACACCAAAAAGAGCUCAAAAGACGACAACUCACACAAAAGAGGAUUGUUUAUGUGAUCAUUGUGGAAUGAGUUUUCCAGACAUAAAGGACCUUAAAAGGCAUGUAAUAAUUCAUUCCGGAAAGAAACCUUUCAAAUGUCAGCAAUGUGAUAAGAGUUUCCGAUUCAAUAAAUACCUUAAGACUCACAUGAAAAUUCACACUGGUGACAAGCCUUUCACGUGCCAUCAAUGUGGAAAGGGUUUCAAUCAUAAAGUAACUCUCAAGAAUCACAUGAGAAUUCACACUGGAGAGAAGCCAUUCACCUGCGAACUGUGUGGGAAGAGCUUCACACAACAAGAGCAUCUUAAAUGUCACAUGAGAAUUCACACUGGUGACAAGCCUUUCACAUGCUCUCAAUGUGAAAAGAGUUUCUGUCAUAAAGUAAGUCUCAAGAAUCACAUGAGAAUUCACACCGGAGAGAAGCCAUUUAUAUGCCCUCAGUGUGGAAUGAAUUUUACAUAUAAGGAAUCUCUUGAAAUCCACAUGAGAAUUCACACUGGAGGGAAGCUGUUCACCUGCAAACUGUGUGGGAAGAGCUUCUCGCGAAAAAGAAAUCUUGUGACUCAUGUGAAACUUCACACUGGAGAGAAGCCAUUUGCCUGCUUUCACUGUGGAAAGAGUUUCAAACUUAAAGGAAACCUUGAGAUUCACAUGAGAAUUCACACUGGAGAGAAGCCAUACAAGUGUCCUCAGUGUGAAGAGAGUUUCACAUAUCAUAGAGACUUGAAACAUCACUUGCAAACUCAUUCUGGAAAGACAUUGCAGUGUUCCUCAGUGUAACGAGAUUUAAUAAAAUGAGCAAUUUCAAAAAUCA